CUUUCAGACGACGUUUUUGUGUUGGGCACACAUUUAAGGAUAAUGAUAAGAGUGUAGCCUGGGAACUUUGCUCAUUGGAGGCCAGCUAAUACACCAACACGAAGAGGGACCCAGAAGAGCAUAGCCACGUAGCUUUGCAACACAUCCUCAACUACGCGACUGGAACUUGCGCGAUAUGAAAUACGCGUAACCAGGUGGCUUUGUCAGGCUUUAGUCUGAGGUGAAUCCUUGCUGUGUCAUAUUUACGACCGCUCCGUGUGGUUGUGUACAUCCAACAACCACAUCCACCUAAGAGUAAAGCCUCCCAAGAGUUGACACAAUGGGACUUGUUCACAGCAAAGCGGACGGCGAUACCGCCCCGCCGCCUAUGCCAAACUUCUCUUUCGCGGCGUCGGCAGCUGCACUAGCCAAGGAGAUUAAGGAGUCGGAGCGGCCUAACUACCUGGACCUCCCGCAGCCUGUGCGCUAUGAGGACAUCCAGCGCGAGGGCAUCAUUUCGCUCAAGCCUGACACGUUCGAGGGUCUGCGUUUCGAAAUCAACAAGCCCCUCAACCAGCAGUUCUUCCUGUCCCACAACCUUUUUAUGGGUAACAUGGAGCUCCAAACGGGUGGCCGGCAGAUCAUCAAGACCCCGGUCGGCACCUAUGAGUUUGGCGCCACGGUCGUGAACGAGUCCCAGACCUUCCUCAUGCUCGGCCGCAUCGCCACUGACGGCCGUCUGUCGGGCCGCGUCAAGUACGACCUCACCAACUGGCUCAGCUUCAAGGUGCACACCCAGCUCUCCAACAACCCCAACCAGUCCCAGCUCAUGGUCGACUCGGACUUCAAGGGCGGCGACUGGAACGCGCAGCUCAAGCUCGGCGCGCCCGGCUUCGUCGGCGCCAACUACUUCCAGUCCCUCACCCCCAAGCUCUCAGCCGGAGGCGAGUUCUUCUACCUACCUGGCCAGCCCAAGUCCGGCAUGGGCCUUGCCCUUCGCCACCAAGGCGACAAGCACGUGGCCACAUGCCAGGUCGCCACCACCGGCAUCGCCAACAUGCAGUACACGCACAAGGUGGGCGACAAGGUGACGCUAGCCGCGG